AUGGCCUAUGACCGCUACAUUGCCAUAUGCAAGCCCCUGCACUACAGGACCCUCCUGGGCAGCAGAGCCUGUGCCACCAUGGCAGCAGCUGCCUGGGGCAGUGGCUUUCUUCACGCCGUGCUGCACACUGCCAAUACAUUUUCAUUACCCCUUGGCCGUGGCAAUGCCCUGGACCAGUUCUUCUGUGAAAUCCCCCAGAUCCUCAAGCUCUCCUGCUCAGACUCCUACCUAAGGGAAGUUCGAAUUACUACGGUUAGUGCUUUUCUAUUGUGGGUGUGUUUUGUUUUCAUUGCUCUGUCCUACAUGCAGAUCUUUAGGGCCGUGCUGAGGAUCCCAUCCCAGCAGGGACGACACAAAGCCUUUUCCACAUGCCUCCCUCACCUGGCUGUGGUCUCCUUGUUUCUGAGCACUGUUAUGUUUGCCCACCUAAAGCCCCCCUCUAUCUCCUCCCCUUCCCUUGAUCUUGUUCUGGCAUUUCUGUACUUGGUGGUGCCUCCAGCAUUGAACCCCCUCAUCUACAGCAUGAGGAACCAGGAGCUCAAGGAUGCUGUGUGGAAAAUUAAGACUGUGUAUAUUUCGUAG